AUGCAAACUUUGUAUCAGGAGAGUACGCCUUGGAUUUCGACUAAGGCUACUCAUCUGCAAAACAAACGCAAAUACACAAUCGAAAUAGUUUUACAUGGAAAAUCCUUUAGAGAUUCAUAUCUCGUAAUAAAAGAAGAGAAUCAGAUAGGAUUUUGCUUCAUUCCUAUAUGCCCAAAUGUCGAAGUAGGGUUUAUGAACGACACUCUUACAUUAAAUUUUCACGAUUACAGUAAAAUUAAGUGCGCAUUUGAAUUUCAAAAUUCUACCGAUCUUGAAUUAAUCGUUUCACACUUUAUGCGAUGUUCUAUUAUGGAAAAUAGCACGCCGGACGAGUUUUCUGCCGAAAAUAAUAUGUUUUUAAAGACUCUCGCUAUGGAAAUCGUUCCACAGUCGUCUUUGGAUCUUGGAACUACUCUUUUGACUCCAAUACCAACAAAUGCUAUUGCAAAAUCAACAUGGGAAGAGAAUUGCAUGAAGAUAAAUACACAAUUUUAUUUAGCAGCCCAAGAAAUCAGAUUUUCAUUCCUUACAUGGAACGUCGCCGGAAAGAAACCGAAAGAAGAAGUACUGGCUGAUAUAAUGAGGUGUUUUAAAGUUCCAACGGCCGUUUCAGAUAUAAUAGUCAUUGCAUUUCAAGAAAUCGAUAUGUCAGUUAAAUCCGUUGUUACAGGUAGCAGCAAUGUUUCGGAUCGCUGGACUGAUGUUGUAACUGCUGCUCAGCAACAAUUCGCUCAAUCUCAGUUUGAGUUGCUCGCAAAUGAAUCUUGUGGUAGCGUUUACAUUGCUUUACUUGCUCGUAAGAAUAUGACACCAAAACCAGUCGUUAGUCCCGUACAAAUUAUUAAAUUAGGUGCUGGUGGCAUUUUCGCUAACAAAUCAGCCCUUUACAUACCAUUCCGUAUCGGAGAAGGCAAAUUUGCCGCUGUUGCUUGCCAUCUUGCCGCUCACGAUGGUGCUUAUGAAGAACGUAACGAACAAUGGCGUCUAAUUGUUAGAACCAUUGGUGACGAUGUUGACUAUUUGCCAAUGCAAGGCGAUUUGAACUACCGUAUUGCACUUCCACGUGAUGAAGUCGUUGAACUUGCUAAUAAUGGCAAAAUUCAACCGCUUCUUGAAGCGGAUCAGCUUAAAAACCAACAGAAGAAAUGCCCAAUUAUGAAUAGCUUCAAGGAAGCUGAAAUUAAAUUCAGACCAACCUAUAAAUUUGAUAAGAAUUCAGAUGUCUACGAUACAUCACCGAAAAGACGUACUCCUUCCUACACAGACAGAGUUCUUAUUAGAUGUUCUCCACCCCGUUUCAACAUUGGCCUCUUAGAUGAACUUCAAUUUGAAACUGAUAUCUUUUUGAACCUUAUGGAGAAGAACUCGCUUGUUAAAUCAGAUAUAUUCCUUCCUCCAUCCAAGGAUCAGAAGUUUAAUUACCCAUCACCGCCAACAAACAUUUGUUAUCGAUCUCUUCGCUGUAUGUUCUCAGAUCACAGGCCAGUACACGCAGCAUAUAAAUGUGUUGUCCAUGUAGUUAACAAGGCAAGGAAGGAACAGCUCCAAGAGAUCAUAAAUUGCAAAUACAACGAAUUAAGUUUGUAUUGCGUACCAAAAGUUCAAUUAAUACCAGAUGAACUGGCAUAUAAUGACCAGAAGGAAGUGGAGAUCACAAUGAAGAACACUUCAUACGUCUGGGUUAAUUGGUCAGUGAAAAAAAUGCCUCCAGGAGUUCAUAUCGAGCCAGCUGCUGGCAGAAUCUUCGCAUGCCAGGAACAGAAGAUCAGACUGACUUUCUCCGAACAGGCACUGCUCAUGGAGCCUUUGUCUUUCGACAUUUCCUCGCAAAGACCUGUUUAUUUCAAAUUCAAAUCAAAAAUGGAUUAA